AUGAUGAAGCCUUUAAAUAUGAUUUUAUAUCCUCACAAGUUUUUUUUGAAUACAGUAAAAUGUAUGCUUGCUGCUCAUAUAUACAAUUUUAAUGUAGAACUUAGUGAAGACUUUUUAUAUACUAGAACAUUUGAUAUUGAGAAAAGUUUAAUAAUUAAUAAGAAGCCAUUAUUAAUAUAUGAGAAUAACUAUGUGAGUUCAACUAAGGCUAUAUGUUUUUUAUUUCAUCGUUUACGAAAUAAAAGUAAGAAACCAUUUGAUGAGAACCUUAGUUAUUAUUUAGGUUGGUUAGAAUGGAGUGAUCUUUUAGAGAAGCAUAUAGAGGUGUUAAAUAAGAAGAAUAUUAUAGAAAGUUUAGAUGAAUUAGAAUUGUAUUUAAAGGAAAAUAAAAAUAAGAAUAAAAAUUUUAUUAACAAUGAUGAUGAAAAGGAUGAGAACAAAUUAAGCUUAGCUGAUAUAUUUGUAUAUACAUCAUUAAAACAUUCGUGUAUAGAAAUAUGUAAAGAAAGUUGGGUUCAUAUAAAUGAAUAUAUUGAAAAGAUUAAUAAUUUACAAGAAAUACAAAAUGUUAUAAAGAAUGUUGAAGAGAUAUAUAAAUAUAAAAAUAUAUAUAGUGUAUUUAUAUCUAAAAUCCAUGAUAAGAAUGUUAAUGAAUAUUUAAAGAAUGAAACGUUUUAUAUAACAACAGCUAUUAAUUAUGUGAAUGGUGAUCCACAUAUAGGACAUGCAUAUGAAAUUGUAUUAGCAGAUGCAAUUGCAAGAUAUCAUAAAAUUAUCGGAAGAGAUACUUUUUUUACGACAGGAGCAGAUGAACAUGGACUAAAAAUUGCUAACCAGGCGGCCAAAAACAAUAUGACACCUAAGGAAUUAUGUGAUAAGAAUGUAUUAAAAUUUCAAAAUUUGAAUAAAUUGCUAUAUGUAGAGGAUGAUUAUUACGUUAGGACCACCAGAGAUUCACAUAAAAAGAUUGCUCAAGAGGUGUGGGAUAAAUGUGAAAAAAAUGGUGAUAUAUAUUUAGGUGAAUAUGAAGGAUGGUAUAAUGUCAGAGAAGAAACGUAUGUACCCGAAAAUGAAGCAAAAUUAAUGAAUUAUAUUGAUCCUUUAAAUAAUAUAAAAUUAGAAAAAAUGAAAGAACCAUCUUAUUUUUUUAAAAUGUCAAAAUAUCAGGAUAAAUUAAUAGAAUAUAUACAAUCUAAUCCUGAUUAUAUUCAACCUGAACAAAAAAGAAAUGAAAUCUUACAAAGGCUUAAGGAACCUUUAGCUGAUUUAUCAUGUAGUCGUACAAAAUUUACAUGGGGUAUCCAAGUACCAAAUGAUCCAAAACAUGUAAUGUAUGUGUGGAUGGAUGCAUUAAUAAAUUAUUAUUCAAGUUGUUUUAUUGAUGAGGGAAAGAAAAAAUAUUGGCCAGCAAAUGUACAUAUUAUAGGUAAGGAUAUAACAUGGUUUCAUACAGUUAUAUUUCCAACCAUAUUAUUAUCAGCUAAUAUACCCUUAUCAAAAAGUGUUUUUUCUCAUGGAUUUGUACUAGCUGCAGAUGGAAAGAAAAUGUCCAAAUCUUUAGGAAAUGUAAUAAAUCCAUUAGAAAUUAUUGAUAAAUAUGGAGCAGAUGCAUUUAGAUAUCAUGUUAUUAAAGAAACUAAAAGAGGAUGUGACACAAGAUUUGAUGUUGAUAAUUUAGUAGAUAUGUGUAAUUCUGAUUUAGCUGAUACAAUAGGAAAUUUAGUUCAAAGAACUUUAUCUCUGUGUCAAUUAUGUAAUGAAUCUAAAAUACCUGCAUUUUAUCCAGAGUACGAAAUACAUUUACCUAUUGAUAUUUUACAUUUCAUUAAUAGAGUAGAAUAUCAUAUGAAGACUUUUUGUGUUCAAAAAUGUUGUGAGAAAAGUGUUCAGGUUUGUAAAGAUUUAAAUAAAUUCUUAACAGAUAUGGCACCAUGGAAAUAUAAAGAUGAUUUGAAAAAUAAAAAGUUACAUAUUAUUAGGAUAAUGUUAGAAGCAAUAUAUUUUAUUGCGCAUUAUUUGGAUAUUUUUAUACCAUCUUUAUCUCAUAAAAUUUUUGAAAAAUUGAAUACACCCAAAAAAGUCAUUGCAGAUUUGUCCCCUUGGCUUAACAAUUUAACUGAAGGAGUUAUAAUAAAUAAUGAUAAUAUAUUAUUUAAAAAAUAUGAAGUAGAAACAGCCAAAAUUAAGUUGCAAAAGGUUAUUAUAAGGGUAUGUAAAAUUGUUAAUAUAAUUAACACUGAGUCGUCACAAAAUACAACCAUUUGUGAAAUAGAGGUAGAUAAUGAUAAAAUAACAGCUGUUCUAUAUCUACCAUAUAAUAAUAAUAAUAACAAACUUGUUAAUUUAUUAACUCUUGCAAUAUUGAAUAUAAAACCCCUUACCAUUAAUAAUAUAACCGUUAAUGCAAUCAUUCCACAUGUACGUAAAGAAAUAUUUACAUUUCCCAUAGAAGAAAGAAUUCCAACAGGAACUUUAAUUCAAGGAAAAAAUUAUAAAACACUUGUUAAGCAAAGAGAUAAUUUAACCAAAAAAGAGGUAGUCUCAUUGGAUCUAUCUAUUAUAAAUAAUAAGUGUUUUUUUGAGAAGAAUAUUCCUUUAGUUUUUGCUUCUCAUGAAGAUAAGCAGGUUUAUCACUCAACCCAAGACAAUGGUUCACUUACCUUUUUUUAA